AUGGUCUGCAGGUCCUCAAUGUGGCCGGCUCUGAGUUUCUCGAGUCGCGUGGAUCAGCCGGUUACAAGUGUGGAUCAGAGCUGCAGUUUUAAUCAGACUAAACCCUGUUAUGCAGCUCUGGAAGGCAAACUCUCUCUGCAGAUGAUUCAAGAUAUUCAUAUAUCUAAACUAAUAUUAAAGAAAGAAGAGAGUUUAAUUUGUAAAAUACAGAAUAACAUAAUCAUUAAAUUUGGUCUUUAUAGUAACAGAUCUGACGUUAUCAUCAGUAAUGACACUGUGAUUAUAAACAGUGUGACCAGAGCAGAUUCAGGGAGAUACACAUUACAGCUGACUGACUUAAUAGGCAUACGAAUACCUACUACAGGACUUCAAGUGAAUGUUGAAGCUCCUAUUGGCUCAGUGAAAGUGUCAGUCGAAUGCAUCAGUGGGGUGAGGUGGGCAUACUGCUCCUCUGAGGGGGAUUCACUCUUCUUCAGCUGGACUCUGAAUGGACAACCACUAACACAAGAAAAUAAGACCACCAUUAAUCUGGAUGGGGAAACUUCUGGAAACCUCACCUGCAGUGUGAAGAACCACAUCAGUCAUGGAGAGAAGAGCAUCACUGUAAACUAUUGUCCUGUCUCUCUGACGUUUGUGAUAGUGUGGACCUUACAGAUGAUAUUUCUUCUGCUUCUGUUAGGAGGCUUUCACAUCUACAUCAGAAAGCGCACCAGCACACAAACACCAGGAGAAAUAAAUCAAGAAGAUAUUGUUCUGUAAGAAAACUUAAACAAGAUACAGAAUAAUAUCGACAGACAGAAGGAGGCUUUAUCACUUAUGAGAAAUGAUUUCAUGAUGUCAAAGAUUUUCACAUUAAUGGAGCUUUUACCUUAUGCACCAGCCGUGGAUAUUCUGAUAUUAUUAUUGUGACUUCUUUUAAGUUCUUUAAAUGUUUAUGUACAAAAGCGAAAUUGUCCAAAAUAUAUCCAAAUAAUGAUCCUACCUGUCAACUUUAUAUUAUACUUUUUGUCUGUGCCCAGCAUUAAUUUCUCUCUGGACACAUAUUUUUAUGUCAAUUUCUGAUGUUUUUAUUUUAGAUAUUGAACCAAUUCCCUAGUAGCACUAUUUAGUCUUUAGUCUUGUUUCAUAAUUGCUAAGAGAGUUGUACUAACAAACUGGAAAAAUCCCUCCCCACCUUAUUAUUAUCAUUGGAUGCAUGACCUGUUGCAGUUUAUUCAAAUAUAAAAAUGUAAAUUUAAAAAAUGGUAGAACAGAACAAUUUAAUACAAUUUGGAAACCCUUCUUGUCAUGCCUUAAAAAAAUAAUGACCUUUAUUCAGUCUAAAUAUAUAAGUAACCCCUCCCUCUGUAUUCACUCUUUGCAGUUCUUGUCCACCCUGUUAUUCCUGAUUUAGAAACACAAAGCGAAAAAGGGUUGCUAAGAGAGUUGUACUAACAAACUGGAAAAAUCCCUCCCCACCUUAUUAUUAUCAUUGGAUGCAUGACCUGUUGCAGUUUAUUCAAAUAUAAAAAUGUAAAUUUAAAAAAUGGUAGAACAGAACAAUUUAAUACAAUUUGGAAACCCUUCUUGUCAUGCCUUAAAAAAAUAAUGACCUUUAUUCAGUCUAAAUAUAUAAGUAACCCCUCCCUCUGUAUUCACUCUUUGCAGUUCUUGUCCACCCUGUUAUUCCUGAUUUAGAAACACAAAGCGAAAAAAGGAAAAAAAUGAUUGUUUAUAGGUGCCCCCUCCCGUUCUCUUUCUUUUUUCUCUAUAUAAUUUUUUAUACUGUGUUUAUAUAUGUAGCAAGAAUUUAUUGUAUUAUAUUUGUCCCUUGUUUUGUAACUCUGUCUGGGAGCUUGAAAAUGUAGCAUGAAAUGUUAGACUUGUGUCUUGAUCCCUUCCUUAGCUUGGACUGCUGCCUCCAAAGGCACCAUUUUAGAGGU